AUGAAAGCCCGUUAUGAUUGUUCAGCCUGUGAACCUAAAUUUAUGCUUGGUGAUCGUGUAUGGGUAUAUACACCAAAGACAAAGAAAGGUCUUUCACGUAAACUUAUGCAUCACUGGCAUGGACCAUUCCGUAUCAUAGAAAAAUGCUCACCAGUCCACUUCAAUCGCCUCGUCUCCAUUACUGUCCAUGCAAAUAGAAUGAAGCUUUACUACGAUCCAGAUUCGCGUCCUCAGAUUCCUCCGAAUAUUGAAAUGCCAGAUGAACCACCCAUUCCUGAAGACGAACUUCCGGAUGACGCGCUUUCUGACAAUACACCGGUCCAUGAGCCCAGCAUCGACCAAUCUGCUCCGGCAGACACAUCAGUUUUAGAGGAAAAUUCGGAAACAUAUAAUAUAGAACAUAUCAUUAAAGAGCGUAAGCGCAAAGGUAAGAAACAAUUUUUAGUCAAAUGGGAAGGGUAUGGCCCUGAGCAUAAUUCAUGGGUAGAAGAGACUGACAUUAUUCACCUUGAACAAAACAACGACUAA